AUGAAACAGGGUUUCUCCGUUAGGGGUAAAUUAGUAAUUGCAUACUGCUAAGGGUAGGCAAGGACUUUCAUCAGUAAAGAAAACCGGUUCACCCGUAUAAGACAACACCCUCAUCCUCAAGCCAGUCUUAAACUAGUUCCACAAUGCAGGCCAGACUCAGCCUCAUUCUCCCACUGCUCAUCCUCUCCCUCUACAAUAAUGCAGCAUCAACCCAAGCUAGCACACUAGCUCUCUACAACAAGUGCAAGCAAACAGUCUGGCCAGGUAUCCAACCAAGCGCAGGCAAACCCAUUCUAGCACGAGGUGGCUUUCGCCUCCUCCCCAACCAAGCCUACUCCAUCCGCCUCCCGCCCAACUGGUCCGGCCGGAUCUGGGGCCGCCAAGACUGUUUCUUCGAUCCAGCCACUAACCGCGGCCGGUGUGCAACGGGCGACUGCGGCGGCUCCCUCUACUGCAACGGCGCUGGCGGUGUCCCUCCCGCAACUCUCGCUGAGAUCACCCUUGGAGCCCAAGACUUCUACGACGUCAGCCUCGUCGACGGCUACAACCUCGCCAUUUCGAUGACGCCCUUCAGAGGUAAAGGCAAGUGUGGGUAUGCUGGUUGUGUCAGUGAUCUCAAUGAGGUUUGUCCAGCGGGGUUGGCCGUGCGCUCGGGGAGGGAUAACCGAGUGGUCGCGUGCCGUAGCGCUUGCUCGGCGUUUGGCUCGCCCAAGUAUUGUUGCACUGGGAGCUUCGGUAGCCCGCAGCAGUGUAAACCGACUGCUUACUCUAAGCUCUUCAAGGCUGCUUGCCCUCGUGCUUACUCUUACGCUUAUGAUGAUCCUACUAGCAUUGUUACUUGCACUGGUGGUAGCUACCUUGUUACCUUUUGUCCUCAUCACUGAAUCAAUGGCUGGUUUGGGUUUUUGUUUUUAAAUUUUAUGACAAGUAUUAAUGUUAUGGGGAACGAAGGAUAUUGAGAGCUGAAAAUUUGGGAAAGAUUUUUCUAGAUGUUAUAAUAUUGGGGGUUGUCAGUGUCAUGUGAAUGUCGGUUUUGGUUGUGGUCGCCAGAGUCACAUGGAUGUGCAAACACUGCUGCGUGAAGACUGUUGUCUUUUUCACUUUGUCAGAAGAAUCUUGCUAGCUUCAAUGUUUGAUUUUUUUUUUUUACA